GGGUGGAGCCCCACCCCUGGAACUUCCUCUUUUGGGGUUCUUCCUUUCUCUCUCAGCUCUCCGUCUCUCUUUCUCUCUCAGCCUCUGUCUUUCUCCCUGUCUCCCCCACUGUCAGCACCUCUUCUGCGUGGUGAGUGGACCGCUUACCCCACUAGGUGAAGAUGUCAGCCCAGGAGAGCUGCCUCAGCCUCAUCAAGUACUUCCUCUUCGUUUUCAACCUCUUCUUCUUUGUCCUCGGCAGCCUGAUCUUCUGCUUCGGCAUCUGGAUCCUCAUCGACAAGACCAGCUUCGUGUCCUUUGUGGGCUUGGCCUUCGUGCCUCUGCAGAUCUGGUCCAAAGUCCUGGCCAUCUCGGGAAUCUUCACCAUGGGCAUCGCCCUCCUGGGUUGUGUGGGGGCCCUCAAGGAGCUCCGCUGCCUCCUGGGCCUGUAUUUUGGGAUGCUGCUGCUCCUGUUUGCCACACAGAUCACCCUGGGAAUCCUCAUCUCCACUCAGCGGGCCCAGCUGGAGCGAAGCUUGCAGGACGUCGUAGAGGAAACCAUCCAAAAGUACCGCACCAACCCCGAGGAGACCGCGGCCGAGGAGAGCUGGGACUAUGUGCAGUUCCAGCUGCGCUGCUGCGGCUGGCACUCCCCGCAGGACUGGUUCCACGCCCCCAUCCUGAGAGGUAACGGGUCGGAGGCGCACCGCGUGCCCUGCUCCUGCUACAACUUGUCGGUGACCAACGACUCCACAAUCCUAGAUAAGGUGAUCUUGCCCCAGCUCAGCAGGCUUGGACAGCUGGCGCGGUCCAGACACAGUACAGACAUCUGCGCGGUCCCUGCAAAGAGCCACAUCUACCGCGAGGGCUGCGCGCAGAGCCUCCAGAAGUGGCUGCACAACAACCUUAUUUCCAUAGUGGGCAUUUGCCUGGGCGUCGGACUACUCGAGCUCGGGUUCAUGACGCUGUCGAUAUUCCUGUGCAGAAACCUGGACCACGUCUACAACCGGCUCGCUCGAUACCGCUAGGCCCCGCCCUCCCCAAAGUCCCGCCCCGCCCCCGUCACGUGCGCUGGGCACUUCCCUGCUGCCUGUAAAUAUUUGUUUAAUCCCCAGUUCGCCUGGAGCCCUCCGCCUUCACAUUCCCCUGGGGACCCACGUGGCUGCGUGCCCCUGCUGCUGUCACCUCUCCCACGGGACCUGGGGCUUUCGUCCACAGCUUCCUGUCCCCAUCUGUCGGCCUACCACCACCCACAAGAUUAUUUUUCACCCAAACCUCAAAUAAAUCCCCUGCGUUUUUGGUAAAA